AUGUCAUCGAGGCCGCUGCCGGAGUCUCUCAAGCCUCAAGAUGCAACGGCUGUAGAUCCUUCUCUUUUGUAUGACUCCCCCUCGAACGUUCGCAACAAAUCACGUAAGGCUUCCGAGGUUUGCGGAAAUGAAAUCGUACGAGUCACCACACAGAACCCUUCUGCCUCCCGGGGACGAUUCGUCCAGGAGUCGCCUGUGUUACGAGGCAGCGAAGGCAAAGACGGAGAGUGCUCCCCCCGGUCUCUGUCAGCAGAUCGGCACGCGCUCAGGGCGCCCAGCGUAACCAACAGGAAGUCGCGGGUCUGUUUCGAAAGGGACGGACCGAAACAGAGGUUCCUGAACAUUUUUGAAGAGGAGGGAAGUACGGAAACGAGCUCAGUGGAGCAGGGGGAGCGUGUGGCCCCUCCUGCCACUGGACUGGACGAGCCUCCUGAGUUGCCGCCACGGGAAGCGCGCGCACGCCGGGCUUGUCGCAGAGGCAGCUACGAUUCCCUUCAGUAUUCGUCUGCCAAACAGGCCGGCAUUUAUCCCAUCAAGACAAAGGGGGGUCAACGAGGUUUGCCGGUUCACUACUCCGAGAGUGCAGCCACGACCGACAUGCCGCCGUCCGGCAUUGACCGCGCAAGGAAACGGUUCCCACAUCUCCUUCACUCUCCAUCGCUAAGUCCCGCUGAAGAGAGCUCAGAAAGUGAUGAGGACGACCAACUUCACUGGAAAGGGUGGCGGAAGUUGCUGGCCGAGAGGCAGCGCGAUCUUGAGCGCCACAUGAAGGAGCAGCAGAGGGAGCUCACGAAACAAGAAGAAAGCAAGGGCGCUGAUGCGCAGCAGGCGACGAGUCGCAGGCGCAAGGCGAUGAAGGAUUGCGGCGUUGGCCACAGCCGGAUGGCAGGCGAUGAGGACCACGACGAAGACUCGACAGGGAUGACGACACGACAAACGUUCUCAAAGCAGGGACGUCCUUCCUUACCGGCCACCGGCCUUACUCAACCUGAUCCCAGUCGCCCUGCACAGAUGCCGUUCAUGGGAGCGAUGAGGCUACCACCUGUCAUGGGCCCAUCCGGGGCCGUGCCGCCCAGCGGGACUGCGACUCCGGGCUUCUAUGGUCCUCCAUUUGUUUCCCAUCCUCCCUUUUAUCCGGGGUGGCCGCCUCCUUAUUAUGCUGCUGCUAUGGCAGCGGCUGCAGCAGCGCGGAAAGCAGGGGAAAAGGCAGGGAUGACAGGCCAGGAGAUGAUUCAUGAUUUGAAAAAGACGUUGGAGGUGACGCGAGAGGAGAUGAGGAAAAAUGAAGAGGAGGCGAAAAAACUGUUGGAAGAGGAGAAAGAACGACAUAAAAUUGAGAAGGAGGAGAUCGAGAAGCAACUCGCUGAUAUGCGCGAAGCGAGUGAGCAGCGAGCGCGGGAACUAGUCGGAGCGGAACUGAAGCAGAGUGAGCUUGAGAAGCAAAUCAAAAUGCUUCGCGAAGAGUUUGACAUCUUGACGCGCGUCCACAAUGAGAUGAAGGAGCAAUUUGCUCACGAAAAGGAAGGCCUCGUCAAUGAAAACAAAAAUCUGGCGACGAAGGUCGGUGACUUGGAAAACGAUCUCAGCUUCUCAAAAGACCAGCUCCUAGUGGCACGGGAAAGUCUAAUCGCGGCACGAGCCAAGCAACAGACUGCAACAGAGGCCCAUGAGCAGGAUCUGAAGACUCUUCAGGAGUAUCGCCGUGAAAAUGAAACGCUCAAAGAGGAUGUAAAAUAUUUGAAGACGCUAAACACUUCUCUCAACGAGAAAGUGCAGCGCCUUAUGAGCGACAAAGGGGGGGCCGGAAACGAGGGAGAAUCCGCCCUGCCCGAUCGGCUGCAUAGGCAGUCUGAAGCCGUGGCGCAGAGGGAAGCGUCGAGGUUAAGAAUACCAUGUCCACCAAGUCUGUUCCCUCCUGAAGCAGCUGCUCUCCAGCAGCUCUUCAGUCCACAAGUCCAGCAACGCCUGCUGAAGGACUGUCAAAAGGAAAGAAUGGAUGCUCUCGGGGGAAACACGGGUGCUAAG